AUGUCUGUUUUUGGAAUUGUUGUGGACACUUUCUCUGAGAUUGACUCUGUCUCUCAGAUUGAAGGUGUUGCUCCAGUGGACACCUUUUAUGAAGCUGAAGCUUUCUCUCAGAUUGCUGGUGUGCCUUCAACGGACACUGUCUCUGAGACGGACGCUGUCUCUCCGAUUAAUAGAGUUCCUGUGAUGGACACUUUCUCUGAGACUGAGGCUGACACUGUCUCUCAGAUCGAUAGAGUUUCUAUCAUGGACACUUUCUCUGAGAUUGACUCUGUCACACAUUACAACAAACACCCACCCAACACAAGUAGGAUGUACUCUGAGUGUCACAAGAAGGCUGACCCUACAAACACAAGAAGACUGGUUCAACGUUACUCUAAAUAUCAAGGACUUGCAGUUGUUCUUGAUGAGGAAGAAGACGCAAUAUUCAGAGCGAGUCCAGCUUUCAAAGUGUCUAAGACUGCUUCUGAGACCAACCAGAUUUCUCAGAUUGAGAGUGUUUCUGUAAAAGACACUUUCUCUGAGAUUGACGCUGUCUCUCAGAUUGAUAGAGUUCCUGUGUUGGACACUUUCUCUGAGACUGACGGUGUCUCUCAGGCUAGCUCUGCUUCAGAGGACUCAGGAAGGCAUAAAGAAGAUGCUGACUGUAACAUCUUGUUAGCCACUGACUCCUACAAGGUGACACAUUACAACCAAUACCCGCCCAACACUAGUAAGAUGUACUUUGAGUGCCGUGAGAAGAAGGCCAACCCCAACAAACCCAGGAAAAUCAGAUAUGACACGACGGUUUUCUAUGGACUUCAGUAUGUUCUCCACAAGUACUUUAAAGGAUUGGUCGUCACACUGGAGAAGAUUCAGGAUGCAAAGGAAGUGUACCGGGAACACUUUCAUGAUGACAUGUUCAAUGAGAAAGGAUGGAAUUACAUUCUGGAGAAGUACAACAUCCAUCUUCCCACUGAGAUCAAGGCUGUGCCAGAGGGAAGUGUAAUCCCGCGUGGAAAUGUGCUGUUCACUGUGGAAAACACAGAUGAUGAGUGCUACUGGCUGACUAACUGGAUAGAGACGAUUCUUCUGCACAUCUGGUAUCCUAUCACUGUCGCGACCAACUCGCGAGAGCAAAAGAAGAUUCUGGCCAAAUAUCUGAUGGAAACCUCUGGAAGCCUGGACGGGCUUGAAUAUAAGCUGCACGAUUUCGGUUACAGAGCAGUUUCAUCUCAGGAAACAGCUGGAAUCGGUGGAUCUGCACACUUGGUGAACUUCAAAGGAACAGACACCAUGGCUGGGAUCAGACUCAUCAAGAAAUAUUACGGCACUAAAGAGCCAGUUGCUGGUUUCUCGGUGCCAGCCGCAGAGCACAGCACGAUCACAGCCUGGGGAAAGGACCACGAGAAGGACGCUUUUGAACACAUUGUCAGGAUGUUCCCAUCCGUCCCUGUAUCUGUGGUCAGUGACAGCUACGACAUCUACAAUGCCUCCGAGAAGAUCUGGGGCGAAGAACUGAGGUCUCUGGUGGAGAUGCGUAGCGCAGACGCCCCGCUGGUGGUCCGACCCGAUUCAGGAGACCCCCUAGAAACAGUUCUGAGAGUGCUCGAGAUCCUAGGAGAGAUGUUCCCUCCGCUCGAGAACUCCAAAGGCUAUAAGGUGCUGCCCCCCUACAUCAGAGUCAUCCAGGGGGAUGGCAUCGACAUAGACUCUUUACAGGACAUCUUAGAGGGCAUUAAAAAGCACGGAUGGAGCAUUGAGAACAUCAGCUUUGGUUCAGGAGGAGCUUUGCUGCAGAAACUGAACCGAGAUAUGCUCAGCUGCUGCUUUAAGUGCAGUUAUGCGGUGACGAAUGGGGUGCCCAUAAACGUCUUUAAAGACCCCAUUGCAGACCCCACUAAAAAGUCAAAGAAAGGCCGGCUUUCCCUUCACAGGACACCCAGUGAUGGUCUGGUGACACUGGAAGAGGGAAGCGGCAGUCUGGGGGAGUACGGAGAAGACUUGCUCCAGACUGUGUUUAGGAAUGCGAAGAUCAUAAAGACAUACACUUUCGAUGAGGUCAGAGAAAAUGCAGAGCUGAAGGAGAGUGAAUUGUGUCCCUCUGAGCAGCUCCCAUCAUCCCCUUCUUCACCACACUGCUCACAGACCCGAGCACACACACAACAUGCAGAAACAGGAACAUAACAAAGUAUAGCCAGGAAAAACAGGACUCCACUGUUCCCGACCCUCUCCGACAUCCAAACUGCAGCUCUGCCUUUAGUUUUGUCCAGAGGAGAACUGGUCCCCCGACCGAGCCUGGUUUCUCCCAAGGUUUUUUCUCCACCUAAAUAGGUGGAGUUUGGUUCCUUGCCACUGUCGCCUCUGGCUUGCUUGGUUGGGGCUGGCAGAGCUGCACAUCGGUGGGAUGACCUUCAACAGGGACAUUUGUAUUAAAUAAUAAUAUUAGCUAAAUAAACAGCGUGUAGUAGAUGGAAAUGGACACACCAAGAGCCACACACACACACACACACACACACCGGUGUUUCCUCUUUCUCAAGUAAAUCCUGAGUGAAAAAUCCCGGUUACAAAAAAAAAAACCAAGCAGAUCAGAACAAAAUACAGACUGCUAUGUUGCACACAGGAUUAUUAAUAUGCACACCCCAGACUGUGUUUGAUUGGCCACAAUUCCUAGUGAGUUUACUGUUACAAACUCUAUUUUAAAAGUGCAUAUUUGGGGAGGGGAUAGGUAACAAAAAGGACACACAAAAAUCCUAUUCUCUAUUUAUUAAGAGCAGGGCUCCCCAAACCCAGAGACCUACCUGGAAACGACUAGUGUGCCUUUAUCAAGAACACAAUACAGCAGAACACACAUGAAGAUUCGAUAAUACACACACUGGGGAAUUCCAAGUGAUACUUCUGUCAAAAUAAACACACACACACACACACACACACACACAAAGUAUUUCCCAAAUGACAGAACUUAUCGUAUCAAGAAAAUCUGCAGAUUCCCUCCCCCUAGAGAACAGAGUAGCUAAUAAGACUCACAAUUGGCUAUUUUCAGCUUAACUGGAAGUGUAGCAUUGCACUUUUCCUCAUUCAUUGUUUUCUGGUGGAAAGAACUAAAGAGUCAGAGUGAAACACCAAUCAGAAUUGUUAAAAAGCGGUCACGGUGUGUUUCAUAUGAUUUUUUAGUUUUCUCUGUUUUUAAGAAAUGUCACUUGUUUUUAUGUAAAUGAUGUUCAAUAAAACUGUAUGCAUGUAUUAGUUGUGUUUUGUCU